AUGCGCAUUAAUAGAAACCUUGUCUGCGCGAAGGUCGACCCUGUUAUCAGCCGACCAUAUUCUGGUAUCAAGAGGAAACCACAUCAUCAGCUGCUGACGGCCGACGAACAGCGGGCUUCUCCAGGAAGCGCGUUGCACACCCGCAGCGUCAAAAGGGCCGUUUCUGACCAGAAGCUAUCAUUAGUGCAUUGUCUUGCCAGUGACUCCGACCACUACCUGAACAAUACCGAAAGCUUGAUUUUGCCAAUCGAGCCAGCUAGCUGUCGC